UUCAACCGUCAUUUUUCAAGUCUCCUCUUUCACUCCACUCCACAAGUCCAACUUCUCUCUCUCUCUCUCUAAAGCCUUCAACUUUAUUUCUCUAAAAAAGUCCGGUCGCUGUGUUUACCGGCGAUCGUCCGCCAUGGACGCGGCCAUGCACUUCGUCUGCUGCGGAAUCGAGCCUCUUCGCCCGAACGUCCCGAACCGGAGAUCGUCGCCGUACAGAGGAUGUCGGAUUCCCAAACGGACCGGACGGGUUUUCGCCGUCGCCACAGAGCCGAAGCCGGUUCGGACCGGUCCAGCGAAACCUCCGACUCCGAACGGCGUCAAUGGCUCUGCAAGGUCUCCGUCGUCCAGAGCCGUCAAUGGAGUUUCCACGAGAAUAGGAGAGGUUUCACAGGAAAUAAAGAGGGUAAGAGCGCAAAUGGAAGAGAACGAAGAAUUGGCAAUCCUCAUGAGAGGUCUUAGAGGACAGAAUUUGAGGGAUUCGCAGUUUGCUGAGGAUAACAUUAAGCUUCGUCUUGUUGAGGUAGAUGAAAGCAGUGAAUUUCUGCCUUUGGUAUACAAUCCUGAUAGCAUCUCUGCUUAUUGGGGAAAACGUCCACGUGCCGUCGCUACACGUAUUGUCCAAUUACUGUCUGUUGCAGGGGGUUUUCUUUCACGUAUUGGAUUGGAUGUCAUAAACAAGAAGGUCAAAGAGAAUGAAGUUGCGAGAGCAAUUGAGUUAAGGGAGAUAGUGACCUCUUUAGGUCCAGCAUAUAUCAAACUUGGUCAAGCAUUGAGCAUUCGUCCAGAUAUACUGUCACCUACUGCAAUGAUUGAGCUGCAAAAGCUUUGUGAUAAGGUGCCUUCAUUCCCAGAUGAUGUAGCAAUGGCUCUAAUUGAGGAGGAGCUUGGUCGACCAUGGCAACAUAUCUAUUCUGAACUCUCAUCUUCACCAAUUGCUGCUGCAUCACUUGGACAAGUGUACAAGGGCCGAUUGAAAGAAAACGGUGAUUUGGUCGCUGUUAAAGUGCAAAGACCUUUUGUUCUUGAGACUGUAACAAUUGAUCUGUACAUCAUACGGAAUCUUGGUUUGGUUCUGCACAAGUUCCCUCAGAUCUCCAUAGAUGUGGUUGGACUGGUUGAUGAAUGGGCAGCCCGUUUCUUUGAAGAGCUGGAUUAUGUUAAGGAAGGUGAAAAUGGAAUGAUUUUUUCUGAAAUGAUGAGGAAGGACCUUCCGCAGGUUGUUGUCCCCAGAACUUACCGCAAGUAUACAUCAAGAAAGGUUCUCACUACACAAUGGAUAGAAGGAGAAAAGCUUUCACAAAGUACGGAAAGUGAUGUUGGAGAAUUGGUCAACGUUGGAGUCAUCUGCUAUCUGAAGCAGUUACUUGACACUGGAUUUUUUCAUGCUGACCCUCAUCCUGGAAAUUUGAUACGGACUCCAGAUGGGAAGCUAGCUAUUCUUGAUUUUGGCCUUGUCACAAAAUUAACGGAUGAUCAGAAGUAUGGGAUGAUUGAAGCAAUAGCUCACCUUAUACAUCGUGAUUAUGGAGCCAUAGUCAAGGACUUUGUUAAACUCGAUUUCAUUCCAGAAGGUGUUAAUCUGGAACCUAUUUUGCCGGUUCUGGCCAAGGUUUUUGAUCAGGCACUUGAAGGUGGAGGAGCCAAAAAUAUCAAUUUCCAGGAGCUGGCAGCGGACUUGGCACAAAUUACAUUUGACUAUCCAUUUCGGAUACCUCCUUAUUUUGCUCUCAUAAUCAGAGCAAUUGGAGUACUUGAGGGGAUAGCUUUGGUUGGAAAUCCUGAUUUUGCGAUUGUCGAUGAGGCAUAUCCAUAUAUUGCACAGAGGCUCCUAACUGAUGAAUCCCCACGGCUAAGGAAUGCUUUACGCUAUACUAUUUAUGGGAAAUCUGGAGUAUUUGAUGCAGAAAGGUUCAUUGAUGUCAUGCAAGCCUUUGAGAGUUUCAUAACUGCAGCUAAAAGUGGAGGUGGAGAAGAUCUGAAUGGUAAUAUGGCUGAACUUGGAAUUUUGCAGCGUUCAAUGGAAAAUGCCUUUCCUGUACUUCUACCAGUUCCAGCUCAACAGGAGCCUGUCCAAACAAGGGCGGCCUUGGCAUUUUUGCUGUCUGAUAAAGGAAAUUUUUUCCGAGAGUUUCUUCUGGAUGAGAUUGUAAAGGGCAUUGAUGCAGUCACAAGGGAACAGUUGGUGCGUAUAAUGGCACUUCUUGGACUUGGAAAUCCUACUCCUAUUUUUAGUAUGGUUCCUACUUUUGGACCUUUAAAGCCAGCAGGUCUUCUACCCACAAUAACCGAGGAGGACAGAGUCAUAUUGAACAAUGUUCAAAAAAUCGUCGAGUUCUUGACUGCAGGAAGUUCAAUAUCAAGAACAUCAAAUCAGGGUAUAAAUGUUGCUCAGGUAAUCCAAGAGCUUCUUCCAGUGUUGCCGGGCAUCUCUGCCACAAUACUGCCUGAAGUGGUCAAUCGAUUAACUUCUCGAAUAUUAGCUCGCGUUAUUCGGGACACAUUUUUGUAGAAAACAAGCUUAAUUUUGCUGCCUAGACCUCAAUUGUGACAUAUUGGUGAACUGUAUCAUAUAUAUAUAUAUAAGUAAAAUGUCCAAUCUACAGUUUAGGUCCUUUUCUAAUCCUUAUACCUACUAGGAAUCAAAGAAGAUGUGUAUAUAACAUGAUCAAUUCAAAUCACUGAACUUCACAUGUAAAAUUGGUUCUUACAAAAGCUAAAUGAAUCUUGUUUCUUUCCAAAA